GGGUAAUUAAACAUAGACUUAAUUAUCUUGUCAUGUAAACAACUGUAUUUUAAACAAAACAUUUUAAAGUUUUUCGGAAAUAUAGAGAGAGAUACACAUUUCAGCAAUGGAUAUUAUAUUCAAAUGGAUAUGUAUAUUUGUAUGUGUUAGCUGUGUGUAUGGCAGAUGCGACAUUCUAACCUGUAAUGUUGACACCAAUGCAUUAUUCCAAGCAUGCGGUGAAUACACGAAGACAAUGAAUUGCAUGGCAGACCAAUAUGAAAAAUGUGUUGGCACUGCAGGUCAAUCUGAAAUUACACUGUCCAUGCGGGCUAUGCACACACCGUCUGACUGCGCAUUCAGCAUCCACGGUAUGGCCAAUUCUAUGACAGCACAAUCGAAGAUGUAUUCAUCAAUGAUGAAGAAAGCCCCACAAGGUCUUUCGCCUCUAACGUUUCCCCUUGCUAACCCAUUUGUUGCCCCCACAACCGGAAGUGGGACAGGAACCGGAAAUGCAGCGCCUUUUCCAGCAGGAUUGAUGCCACCUCUCGGGAUGAUGCCACCAAUGAUGGGAGAUGAUAUGGAGAUGGAAGGAAUGGAGAUGGGGGAGGGGCCUAUGGAAAUGAUGGAAGAUAUGAUGGAAGAUGGUAGAAUGAUGAUGCCUGGAAUGGGCGGCAUGUUCAUGCCAGGAUUGUUUGGAGGACUUGGUGGUCUCGGGGGCGAGGCAGGAGCAGGUGCCGAGGGAGCAGGGGGAUUGCCUGGUGGUUUGAUGACAAGUGGAAAGGGCAAAGGAGUUGGAGCUGCAAGAUUUGUUGAUUACAGAAACGACGCCAGCGGUACUGGCAAUAUGGCUGGGCAGACGAUAGGACUAACUUUUCUCGUCAUUGUCCUGUCUCUUCUGUUAACAAUGUAACACAGUCUCAAACGUUGAUGUUAUCUUAUUUUAAGUAAAUGAUUACAAUACCAAGUAUACUUAAAGCUGCUUGCCUCCAGAUGAGCCUAAAAAUUUCAAGGAAAUCAAUUUAGAGAGAAAUGUAUUAAAGUAAAAGCAUUCAUAAUUCAAGUGAUAAUUUGCAUGUUAUAUGCAACGAAUGACUGAUUUUGCAAUUUUUAUCACCAUAUUUCUACUGCAUGACUAAUGCAGUAAGGGCUAUUUUUGCAUAUUUUGACAUAUUUUUGGUAAUUCACUUGGAAUGAAAAUGCCCUUAACAAUGUAUAAAAUACAUUUUUUGUUCACUGGCCAAUAUUUUACAUUGUACGUUUUCAUGAAAAUUAGCGAAAUCUGGAGGCACGCUGCUUAAAAAAUCCAACCUUUUUUGAAAAUUUGUCACAUUUUUUUCGAAUCAGUCUUACGAAGGAAAACAAACGUAAGCUUAUUUAGAAAUUACAUUAUGCUUAAUCGUUACCACAUUUACAGACGACAAUUUACAAGAUGGAAAUAUCAAUCCGACGAGGUACAUUGUAAUGAACAAUCCUGAAACGCAGACGAC